AUUUUGCAGCGGCCGCGGGAGACGUGGUGCCGCCGCGGGUCCUCUCCGCCGGCCGCUGACGGGGAACGGCCGUCGAGUCCGCGCUCCGCCGCCAUGUCGGGAGGAGGCGUCAUCCGGGGCCCGGCCGGCAACAACGACUGCCGCAUCUACGUGGGCAACCUGCCCCCGGACAUCCGCACCAAGGACAUCGAGGACGUCUUCUACAAGUACGGCGCCAUCCGCGACAUCGACCUGAAGAACCGGCGGGGGGGGCCCCCCUUCGCCUUCGUGGAGUUCGAGGAUCCACGGGACGCGGAGGACGCGGUGUACGGACGCGACGGCUACGAUUACGACGGAUACCGCCUGCGGGUGGAGUUUCCCCGGAGUGGCCGCGGGACGGGCCGAGGCGGCGGCGGGGGAGGCGGCGGCGGAGCCCCCCGGGGCCGUUACGGCCCCCCUUCCCGGCGAUCCGAGUACAGAGUAAUCGUCUCCGGACUGCCUCCGAGUGGAAGUUGGCAGGAUUUAAAGGAUCACAUGCGUGAAGCAGGUGAUGUAUGUUAUGCUGAUGUUUUCCGAGACGGAACUGGUGUCGUGGAGUUUGUUCGCAAAGAAGACAUGACCUACGCGGUGCGAAAAUUGGAUAACACUAAGUUUAGAUCUCACGAGACAUAUCUGAAGAGAUGGAUUAAGAAUGCUUUGGAUUAAGGAUUGUGGAGCACAUUUCACUCAUUUUAGGAUUGUCAAAAGGAGGAUUGAGGAGGAUCAGAUCAAUAAUGGAGGCAAUGGUAUGACUCCAAGUGCUAUUGUCACAGAUGAAAUUGGCAGUAUUGACCUUAUACUAAAAGACAGUGGGUAAAUUGAGUAGUUAUACCUACCUGGAAAAAACCUACAAACAUUUACAUUGUAGUGACGGUGGGCUACAAUUGCUCUGCUCCUUAAAAUCUUGGCAAUUGUGGCUAAAUUUUCCCGUUGUGUACUCAGCCCCCUUUUUAAUCUUUUAAUUUUUUUUUUUUUUUGAGCCCAUCCUCCCUAUUUUUUUUUUCCUUUUCUUUUCCUUUUUCUCUUAGUCCUGACUGGUUUGGGAAGGACUGGCAAAUUUGUUAGUGGUACAGCUGUUAAUGUGACUUGCUGUCGGUGCGGUGUCUAUGUGGGUAUGGGAUGUCUGAAUUCGAACCAGAUAGAGUAUAAUAUCAAUACUGCUAAAUCUGCAUGUCCUCUGUGUGACUGAUAUAGCGUUGCUAUUUCAUUUUUUUAAGUGUCAGAGUGGAAGCGAAAUAUAGUAAUAUGGUGUAGAGAUCUAGUUGGGAAUUAUCUUAAGUUGCAGCCGUCUCCUUAGACUAAUUCACAAUUGACACCUGUUUUUGAACAGCUUUAUUAUGAUUUACCGAUUAAAUUGCAGAUGGGAGCACCACAUGUAGUCCAGGCUUAGGUGGGUAGUGUAGCAGUAAACUUCCAACUACCUAACAUUUUUGCAACCACAAAACCCGUAAUACACUGUACAGUAACCAUGUUGACAUUAUCAGUUGACCUGUAAAUAUGCAAUGCUUCUUCCAAUUAGUCUGAUAAUUAAGUUUCUAAAAUAUAUCUGAACUUCACCAUUCAGAAGCUUGUUUUGGGGAAUUGAUAGUUAUUGAUGUUCAUCUGUUUCAACUGAUGGCAGACAUAACUCAUCAUUCCCCAGAAACCUUUUUGGAUUACAGUAUCUAACAUUUUGCCUCCUCUUUUUUGGUUUUGCUGGUUAUAAAGGUUUGGAUUGGAGAGGGCUCACUGGAUCCCAAUCCUUGGAGCUGGAUCAUUGGAUUCAAAUCAUAAUGUGGAUAGGAUAGGGAGGAUGAAUUACAAGGAUUCAUGGAGCGGGAUCAGAUUACCAGGAACAUAGGAGUGGAUUCCUGCCCCAACCAAACCGCAUUCGUGUGGAUUUUUUUAUUCAACUUAAUUGGCUAUUCCAAAGAAUAUUUUUUCCUAUUUUUGACGAUUGGAGCCCUUAAGAUGCACGAUGGAAUUGUAUUUUGCGUUUUUUGGUAAAAGGAGCAAAGCGAGGACCUGGAGAGGUACGCUGGAGCAUUCUCCUUGGAAGGAUUCAGCACGAGUAGAUGGUAAACAUUUAAAGGGGAAAGGGGGGGUUUGUUUAAAACUUAAGAGUAAAUCGACAAGUCAUUUCUUUAAAUUUAAAGAUGAAAAAUUGGAGUUGAAGAAUGAGUAGGUUUUCAAUUGGCUAAUGACAUUUUUCUUUGACAAAUAAAACAUUUUUUUAAAAAAAACUA